GACUCGGGGACGCACCGCGGCGGCGUCGCGCCGGACAGAGCGAGAACGCGCGCGCGCGCGCCACCGGAGAAGGCGGGGGGGGGGAGGAGAAGGAGGAGGGAGCCAACCCGCCUGCCCGCCUUGCCGUGGCGCCUGGCGCGCGCUCUCCGCCCGCCUCGCUUCCGCCGGGCGCCGCUGCUCUCUGCUUUCCUCUCCCCGCCCUCACUCCCUCCGGCCUGGGCCCGCCGCACCCGGCGCUUCCACCGGGCAGCUCCCAUCGGGCCGCCGCUGCCGCCGCCGCCGUCGUCAUCGCUCCCCAGCACCCCGCCCCCUUCCGAGACGCUCGGGUUGGGGGUGACCCGCCGACGGCAGUCUCACUCCGCAGCGCCCGGGCCUGCCUGUCGCUCCGCGCCGGGCCUGUCCGGUGACAGUCGCGACCGCGGGAGGUGGCGGCGGAGGAGGAGGCCGGAGCCGGGAUGUCCGGACAACAGCAACAACAAUCCCCGCCGCAGCAGCUCCCUUUGGCAGCCGCCGCUCCCCCGCCGGCGCCGGGGAUCCCAUCAGCCGCCGUCGCCGCCAACCCCGGCCCCGCACCGGCGGCCGCGCUCCUGCUACACCCGCCGCCGCCGCCGGCCACCGCUGCGCCGCCGCCACCCGCCGCCGCCGCCGGCAGCGGGCCCGCGGCGGCGGGGGGCGGCGGUGCCGGCGCGGCGCUGGGCCUGUCGGCGGGGAGCAGCGGCACCACCACCGGCACGAGUGCCCCGGCGCCGUUCCCGCACGGUGACCCGGCUCUGAACGAGCAGGAGAAGGAGCUAAAACGGCGGCUGAAGAGGCUCUACCCGGCCGUGGACGAGCAGGAGACGCCGCUGCCCCGCUCCUGGAGCCCGAAGGACAAAUUCAGUUACAUCGGCCUCUCUCAGAACAACCUGCGGGUACACUACAAAGGUCAUGGAAAAACUCCAAAAGAUGCUGCUUCUGUUCGAGCUACACAUCCUAUACCUGCAGCGUGUGGCAUAUACUAUUUUGAAGUUAAAAUUGUCAGUAAGGGAAGAGAUGGUUACAUGGGAAUUGGGCUGUCAGCACAGGGUGUGAAUAUGAACAGACUACCAGGUUGGGAUAAACAUUCAUAUGGUUACCAUGGAGAUGAUGGACAUUCAUUCUGUUCCUCUGGAACUGGACAACCCUAUGGCCCAACGUUCACUACGGGUGAUGUCAUUGGUUGUUGUGUCAACCUUAUCAAUAAUACCUGCUUCUACACAAAGAAUGGACACAGCUUGGGCAUCGCUUUCACAGAUCUACCGCCAAACUUGUACCCUACAGUAGGGCUUCAGACACCAGGAGAGGUUGUGGAUGCUAAUUUUGGACAGCACCCAUUUGUAUUUGAUAUUGAAGACUACAUGCGAGAAUGGAGAACCAAAAUUCAAGCGCAGAUUGACAGAUUUCCAAUAGGAGAUCGAGAAGGAGAAUGGCAAACAAUGAUUCAGAAAAUGGUAUCAUCUUACUUAGUUCACCAUGGAUACUGUGCAACAGCAGAGGCAUUCGCCAGAUCCACAGACCAGACUGUGCUAGAAGAAUUAGCUUCCAUUAAAAAUAGACAAAGAAUUCAGAAAUUGGUUUUAGCAGGAAGAAUGGGAGAAGCCAUUGAAACAACACAACAGUUGUAUCCAAGUUUACUAGAAAGAAAUCCUAAUCUCUUAUUUGCAUUAAAGGUGCGCCAGUUCAUAGAGAUGGUGAAUGGUACAGACAGUGAAGUGCGGUGUUUGGGAGGCCACAGUCCAAAAUCUCAAGAUAGUUACCCUGUUAGCCCACGAUCAUUCAGUAGUCCUAGCAUGAGUCCCAGCCAUGGAAUGAAUAUUCACAAUUUGGCAACAGGAAAAGGGAGCAGCACGCACUUUCCUGGCUUUGAAAGUAGUUGCAGUAAUGGAGUAAUAUCAAAUAAAGCGCAUCAAUCUUACUGUCACAGUAAACACAUGACUGCCAACUUGAAUGUACCAGAGCUCAACAACAUAAAUGUAUCAAGAUCACAGCAGGUUAACAGCUAUUCCAGCAAUGACGUAGACAUGGAAACAGAUCACUACUCCAAUGGGGUUGCUGAGACUUCAUCCAAUGGCUUCCUAAAUGGUAGUUCUAAACAUGAUCACGAAAUGGAAGAAUGUGACACAGAAAUGGCCUUUUCCACAGAGGCUUGCCGUGACAGACGUGAAGCGGCUGCACAGGGCACAGAGUUGUUUGUGGUUUGGUUUGGUUUGGCUUGGCUUUUGAAUGUAGUUGCUUCUACCUGUGGAAAGUAAUGUCCUAGUUUGGAGAGCAGCAACAAACACCACUUCUUGAAGAUUUCUGGGUGCUUCACCUUUGUAAAAAAAAAAAAAGCAAUGUGGCUCCUCAGCCUACAUUGUUUACUCCCCACAGUUUGAGUUUGGUGGUUGUUUCGGUGGUUGUUUCAGUGCUUUUUUUGCCGUUUGAAAUGUCUGUAUAUUCUCCUUAGUGCUGUGUAUGUAGUGUUACGUAGGCAGGUUUUUUCCAGAGGUGAUAAGCUCACAUCCAAGAAAAAAGUAAAAGAGGCCUUACAAAUCCUUUCUUGAAAUAGUGGUUAGAAUAUAUCACUAGAGAGCAGUGUUAAAAUUGGGAACAAGAAUGGUUUGGUAAUUACAAUGUACAUCAAACUGAUUCAGAACUUGAUUCCACUGAUGACAGAAAGCAAGGAAUGGAUAAAUGCCCCUUUUGUUUGUUUGUCUGUUUUUAACAGACUGCUUUAGCUGUAAAUCUAAAAAAGGCAGAACUUCAGGAGGAGCCAAGGGUUGAUUUAUUGGUCAUGAACUGCAUUAGUAUCUUUUAAAAUGACUAGUGCUGGGGAACAUUGUAGCAAAGAGUAAAGAAAUCAAUUGCAGUGUUCUGCUUAAUUACAGAAGAAGCCUGAAAUGUCAAAAUUACUAAACUGAUACAUUCUACAAGGAGUAUGAGCAUCAUCUUGUCUGUUUGGGAGUUCAGGUGAUCUUACUCUGCAUUAUUAUCAGUUCUGGCUUUGGUGUAUCUUUAGAAGUGCAAUGCCAAAGAAUUAAAAAAGCAGAACUUAUUGUUGUCUUCAUUAAUUUUAAACUCCCAUAAGAUUUUAGGGUAAAAUCUGGUUUAUGGUCAAGUUAGUUUAAAAUUCAGCAUUGCAAAAUAAACAGCAUAGGUAGACAGCCUUUGCCCUUAGUUAACCAUAAGCCUCUUAAUGAUCAUAGGAGGAACAGUUGGGCAGUACUUGGAGCAGGGAUACAUUAUGCCAAGGUCUCUGGCCUGGUGUUCUCUCCGAGAAGACACGUGCCUUUCAAGUGAAAUCAGUGCAGGUUCUGUAGAUCCAUAGAUAGUUAUUGUUUGCUCUGUUGGGGUGAUGAUGACGCUGUCAUUUUUGCAGAAGUAGAUUCAAGUCAGUUGAGACGUCAGCUGUGUGGUGGCAGCCAGGCAGCCAUCGAAAGGAUGAUCCAUUUUGGAAGAGAAUUGCAAGCCAUGAGUGAGCAACUAAGAAGAGAAUGUGGGAAAAACACGGCGAAUAAGAAG